AUGAUAGUACCAUUAACUGUGGCAAUAGAAACAACAAAUCAACAAUUUACAACAACAACACGAGUACCAAGCAAGCCAAAAUAUAACGAAUGGAAACAACAUGGAAUUACUAUUGCUGGAGGAAAUGGAUAUGGAAAUCAAUCAAAUCAACUCCUUAAUCCUGAUGGGAUCUAUAUCGAUGAUAACAAAGCCAUUUUGAUUGCUGAUCGUGCAAAUCAUCGCAUUGUUGAAUGGAAAUAUAAUGCAAAGGAAGGACAAAUGAUUGCAGGUAGAAAUAAGGAAGGCAAUAGCCUGGUUCAACUCAAUUUGCCAGCCGACGUAAUUGUUGACAGAGAGAAGAAUGCGAUAGUCAUAUGUGAUUAUGGGAACGAACGAGUAAUGCGAUGGUAUCGUCAAAGUCAAAAAAAUCCACAAAUCUUGAUCUCUAAUAUUAACUGUAUUAGUGUGGCAAUAGACAAAGAUGGGUCUGUUUAUGUUUCUGAUUGGACAAAAUCUGAAGUGAGACGAUGGAAAGAAGGAGACACAGUUGGAACACUAGUUGCAGGUGGAAAUGGUCCAGGAGACAGUCUUAAUCAAUUUAGUCGGCCUAUUAAAAUCUUCGUUGAUAUAGAUUAUUCUGUUUAUAUAUCAGAUUGGCUCAAUCAUCGUGUAAUGAAAUGGAGAAAAGAUGCAAAAGAAGGAAUUAUUGUUGCUGGUGGAAAUGGAAAAGGACAUAAUCUUAACCAAUUAUACGAACCUGGUGGAGUGAUUGUUGAUACUUUAGGUCAAAUCUAUAUUGCAGACUCUUCUAAUUUUCGAGUUAUGAAAUGGCGUGAAGGAGAUAAAAAUGGUUCAAUUGUUGUGGGUGGAUAUGGUUCCGGAGAAGGAUCAAAUCAAUUGGGUAAUCCCAGAGAUCUAUCAUUUGAUGUUGAAGGAAAUCUUUAUGUUUCUGAUUUUACUAAUCAUCGAAUUCAAAAAUAUGAACAAUGUACUGAAUAA